UCUUGCAUUGUUUUGCCUUCCACUUUCGGAACCAGACUGCUGCCAUGCAUACCUCCAAGAUAUUCUAUGCAUGCUGUACCACGAUCUUCCUGCUGUCCUAUUCCGUUCAGGGAUUACCGGUAGAUCAUGCGGCAUUGGUUCUGAAAUCGGCGCUGGCCGGUUCCCACCAUGAAGCGCUUAUUGAGCGGAAGAAGCGGCAGUCCCCCGAUCUGGCGCAAAUGUUAAAGAAUAUCUUGCUGAUUUUACAACUACUGAAAAUGCUGAAUCCUUCGUCGUCUGGAGCGGCACCGCCCGAUCCCGAGAAACAGGAUGGUGGUGACCCUCCUCCACCGCCACCGGACGGCGGAGGGGACUUGAUGUCUCAGCUGGCCCAAAUUCUUCCCCUUUUACAAGCUUUGUCGGGAGCGUCUGCCGGGACUACCGGGACGAACACCGGAGGCGCCGAGGCCGGUAGCGGGAGCAGUGAUGAUGCCGACGUCCGAGCAAUUGGUUAUGACUUCCAAGAUUUUCCUUAAGACUAGUAGUCAGUUCGUUUACAACCAAUUUAUACGUAUCGGCAUAAUAAUCACAAAGCUGGUUGAAUUAUUGAGCCUUUGCACAGUUGUGAACUCAGAGUUUAGUCCGCUUGCGGUUUUCAGUGUUUGGCCAAUGCAUGAUGCAUUUUGCUGAGAUGUGGCAGAAUUUAUAUAUGUGCGAUGUGUAAUGUAACUUAUUCAUUCAAAUUGCCAUUUUAUUACGCGACGAAUAAAAGAUGAUACCGUG